GUGUCACAUCAAGACACAAGGAUUCACACGGUCUAAAUAUAGCUUUCCGAAAGUCAGACAGAUACUACACGAGACACACACUGUGUUUAAUUGGUCUUCAUUUUUGAUGUCAUCUAAAGGAACACAACGAGUUUAGUCAGAACAUGUGAUGAAUUAUUAAACUCCCGUUAAGUAAAAACUGAUAGCAAAGAGAAAAGCGCAACUGCAAAUGCGUGGACGAAGAAAUGUGUUGUCGAAGUCAAUAACCGCGGAGUAAAGCCAGCUGAGUAAAGCUGUUUUCGUCUUCACCUUACAGAAAAUCAACGGCAUUAAAAUGAGUUCUUAUUUUUGGUUGAGGUCAUUUUGGGUUCUCAUGAUGUUCAUGCAUAACGUGUCACAGUGCCAGGCAGGGUGUGCAGAAGUGGACUCCAUGACAGAGGCAGUUGCUGGACAGAGCUCCAUGCUGGGCUGCAUCUCCUGCAAGAGGAGAGCGGAGGUGCCAGGUUCUGCCAUUGUGGAGUGGCACUUCAAGCCCUUGGGAUCUGGGGAGGACUUUGUCCAUAUAUUCAGCUACCAGUACCCUGACUCCACCAUUCACCAUGAGGACUUUGAGGAACGAUUGGAAUGGUAUGGGACUAAGGGGACGAGUGAUGUGCAAAUCGGUGCCGUCUUAAUCCACAAUGUCACGUUCAAUGACACUGGGACAUAUCGAUGCUCCUUCCUUCGCACUCUGUACCUCCCAGUGAAGGAAGAGUUUGUCAACAUUACUAAGGAAGUGGAGCUCACUGUUGUAUCAGAAGCUAAUCGCGAGCUGACGGCAGUGAUCUCAGAGAUUAUGAUGUUCGUGCUCAUCGUGGUGCUGCAGCUGUGGAUGAUCGGGGUGCUGAUCUACUGCUACAAGAAGGUCUACGCUGAGAAUGAGGCCAGAGAGGCCCGUAAAGCCAUGCGGGCUGAACACGAACAUUUGGAAUCGAAGGAUCCCUGCGAUGGUGUACAUAUGGAGUGACUGAAUUUUGGGCGCUAGUCUUCAUAUCUAUGGUGAAAAAAAAAAAGCCGACUCACUCUUCUCUCUAAGUGCUCAUCAGAAGAUUGAACAGUGAAGGGUAGUGGAAACUGUGCUGGGCUUUAACUGUGCCAGGGUUGGCAGCAUGCCCGCUGGUAGGCCGUGGGAGAGCAUGUGUAAGCUAUACCAGAACUUCUGUAGGGUGCCUUGGAAUCAUUUGACAGUCUGCGUGCGGCUGUAGAGUGUCUGUGUAUUUUUAGUAUGUACACAGAGAUGGAAUACUAUGUUUGGUUUUUGCUGUGGCUUAGACACAGGUUAGAGAAACUAACUGACAAACCCAUGACGAUAUUGCACAGUAAUUCGUAGAAAGCGGCCGAUAAAAGUAAUUCCUUCUCCUAAAUGCGUGACAUGUUUAUAUCUCUAGCUGUUACUGUAAGAUUUCAGCAUCAGUGCUUGCUUUGGCUUCAUGGGUUAUGUACUGUUCCUCGAUGUCUUAUUUAUGUCUUGCUUCUGUUAUUAACAGUCAUGGAAAGAUUUUUAAUGGGCCAUAGCUUAAUUACAUUCAAAGACAAUACACAAAGUGAAUAUCUGGAUAACAGGAAGGCAGGUUUCACGCACAUCUUAAUAAUGAACUCUUUUUCCUACAUCAAAGCAAUAAUUUCAUGUCUUCAGAUUAAAUAGAUGUGAACUCCUUCUAUACACAGUCAGGAGGACUAUCAGAAAUUUCUCCUGAUUGCUGAUAAGUGUUUCUUUGCCUGAGAUCGACCUUUCUCAAAUCACUUAAACUAAAAACAAUUUUUUGUUGUUGUUUUUUUUUUUUUCAAAAUCAUUUGCUUUGCUUGGGUUAUUCUUUGUUCAAGCUUUGUUCAAGACUUAAUUUCACAAAAUAAAGUGUGCAUAUCUGAGGUUUGCGUUUAUACGAAUCUGGAACUCUUUUGACAACUCAUUAUAUCACUCUGUCUCUCUGGAAUUUU